UCAAAUGUGACAUUGACAGUGACACGCAGCUGUUUAUGUAGGCAAAUUUUCGACGAAAAAAACCAAAGUAAAUAAAUAAAAAAAGGCUUUCUUGUUUCGCCAAUAAACCCCCAAAAAUGGACAAAGACGACUCCAACGGUUCCUCGUUCGAAAUUGUGGACAAAAAAGCGGUGGAACAAGCGAACAACGGCGAUAAAAGUGGCACAUUGAGCACCGUAUCGUCCCCCUAUUCGGUGACUUCUCCGGGUAGUGUAAGCCUUUCAACGGGAAAUUUACUAUCAAACGUAGGGCCACCCUCGUCUUUACCAGAUUUCACUUUAUGGUCAUCAUCGAGCCCCAGCAGUGCCGCUGAUGCCCCAAAACCAGAAGUAACCGCUGUCACGGCGGCUCCAGUACUUAUUAACCCUUUUCCAACCACACAGUUCAGUGCAGCGAUUCCGCCCAAUAAAGGUGUACCCCAAGAAGCGACCGCUUCACAACCGAAAGCGACGUCGCAGCCCCCGGAGGCGGAACCGGUGGCCCCAAACAGUUUCUUAGGCAUGUUCAAGGGGGCCUUAUCGAGCCAAAUGGUGACGAAAAUGGUCGAAAAGGCCAAAAGUUCGGUCGAUUCGAUCAUCACCACCUUGGACCCGCAAAUGAGUGAAUAUAUUAAUUCCGGUGGGGAUUUGGAGAUAACGGUUGCCUCAGAAGAGGAGGAUCUCGUUAGCGGUGUGAGGGAGGCGGCCCAUGCCGUUUUUGGGAAAGCUUGGGUCAAUGGGAUAAGGUUGGGUACUAGUGUGCAACAGUCUCAGGCCAUCGGGUUUGAUGCUGGACUAGUUAUAGCCGAGGAGAGAAUAGAUUAUUCUAUGAAGUUUAGGAAGACGCCCACAGUUGCCUUCGAGAAUAUUCUGGUGAAAAAGCGGAAGAGUUGGUUCGAUAUGAGUCUGUUGGUGCUGAAAGACGAAGAACACGAUAUAAACGUUCACAUACUGUCUCAGUCAAUUCCGGUUCCCGUAGAGAAGAUUAUUGGGAAAGAAGUGGCUGAAAUUGAUGUAGAGCAAAAAUUAGCCGAGAAUUUAAAGGCAAUUCCCGGUUGGCAAGAAGAAGUUUCAGGCCUAACGAAGAAAGAAAUAUUUAAUUUUGCCUCGAGGGUUUUAUUUAAAGUUUAUAAGGACCGACUGAGUCAGCUGUAGUUGUCCGUAACUUAACAACCGUUCCCUAUAACAUUUAUUCAAGUAUUAAGUAGGAAAUCUCAUGUAUUUUUUUAUUUUAAAGGAUUGUAUAUAAGUUUUAUUGUUUACUGUAUAUAUUAUCCUAGUUGUAGAUGUUAAGAUUAUAUUCUAUUAAAGCCAUAUCUAGUAAUG